AUGAAUGAAAUAGAAUUUAUAGAUUCCAGUUCUGAUAAGGAUUUAAAAGCAAACAUAAAUACUGAUUAUAUUGAUGAACUGAUAUCUUGUGAUAAACAAAUAUCUUGUGAUGACCAAAUAUCUUGUGAUGACCAAUAUCUUUAUCAUGGAACAGUACUCAAUAAUGAAUCCACAAACUUAGAUAUCUUAUCAUCAUCAGAAUUAAACCAAUAUCUCAUAUUACCAAAAUAUAAAAAAACAAACCCUUUAUUGUAG